GCAACCCGACUGUAGAACCCGCGCCGCAGCAUCAGGAAGACAUUCUCUAAACCGAAAGCAUCUUUCCGCAGUCAGCCACCUGCUACAGUUCGAAACUGCUUCACAUUUUACAAAGACACGAAUCACCGCGCCCUGUGUUUACAUGAGGAAUUGACACUGCGUUCAUUUCUAUUGAAGACCACAACCCUGAAAUUGAAUUUUCCAAUUUGCAUAUGAAGCUCCAUUAUGAGCAACACACAGACAUCUACAGAUGGAGAUUCUUCUCCACAGUCCAGUUUAUUUGAUCUGAUGAGAUCAAAUGCAGACUUCAGCUGUGUGUCUAUGAAGAGUAACCGAUCUAUGAAUCCACCAGUUGUAUUCAAGAAUCAUGAUAUAUCACCUGCUGUCAGCUGUGAGUCUGAACUCCUCAAGACAUUCAAAUCAAAUCUGAGGAAGAAGUUUGAGUGUUUGUGUGAGGGAAUAUCACAAGAGAGAAACCCAACACCGCUGAAUGAGAUCUACACAGAGCUCUACAUCACAGAGAGUGAAAGUAGAGAGAUCAGUAAUGAACAUGAUGUGAGACAGAUUGAGACACAAUCCAGGAGAACAGUAACAGAGGACACACCAAUCAAAUGCAACGACAUCUUUAAAGCUUUACCUGAACAAGACAAACCCAUCAGACGUGUGCUGACAAAGGGAGUCGCUGGCAUUGGAAAAACAGUCUCUGUGCAGAAGUUCAUUCUGGACUGGGCUGAAGGGAAAGAGAAUCAGGACGUCCACCUCAUAUUUCCACUUCCUUUCAGAGAGAUCAACCUGAUGAAGAACCAAACACUCAGUCUUUUAGAUCUUCUUCAUCUUUUCUUCCCAGAGACAAAAGAACUGGAAAUCUCCAGCGGUGAAUAUAAAGUGUUGUUCAUCUUUGAUGGUUUGGAUGAGUGUCGUGUGUCUCUAGAUUUUCACAGCAGUGUGAGGUUGUGUGAUGUCAGUGAAUCAGCCUCAGUGGACGUGAUCCUGACAAACCUCAUGAAGGGGAAUCUGCUUCCCUCUGCUCUCAUCUGGAUCACCUCCAGACCAGCAGCAGCUGAUCUCAUCCCCUCUGAGUGUGUUGAUCGAGUCACAGAGGUACGAGGCUUCACUGACAAACAGAAGGAGGAAUACUUCAGCAAGAGAAUCAGUGAUGAGAGUCUGAACAACAGAAUCAUCUCACACCUGAAGUCAUCCAGGAGCCUCUACAUCAUGUGUCACAUCCCAGUGUUCUGCUGGAUUUCAGCCACUGUUCUAGAGAGAAUGUUGAGUGAAGCAGAGAGUGAAGGAGAGAUCCCAAAGACUCUCACUCAAAUGUACACACACUUCCUGAUCAUUCAGACAAACAUCAAACAUCAGAAGGACUAUGAGAAGAAAGUGAAGAAUGAUGAAGACAUGAUCUUCAAACUGGGCAAACUGGCUUUUGAGCAGCUUGAGAAAGGGAACCUGAUCUUCUAUGAUGAGGACCUGAGAGAGUGUGGCAUUGAUGUAGCAGAAGCAUCCGUGUACUCAGGAUUGUGCACUCAGAUCUUCAGAGAGGAGUUUGGCUUGUAUCUGGGGAAAGUUUACAGCUUUGUUCAUCUCACCAUUCAAGAACAUCUCGCAGCUCUUUAUGUGCACCUCUCCUUUGUAAACUACAACAUGAAUGUUUUUGACCAAAUUAGUGCACCAACUUAUACACCUAAUGAUGGAGAAUUUAGAUUUUCUUACUUGCAUCAUAGAGCUAUAGAUGAAGCUUUACAGAGUAAGAAUGGGCAUCUGGAUCUUUUCCUUCGGUUCCUUCUGGGUCUCUCACUGGAGUCCAAUCAGAAUCUCAUACAUCAUCUACAGACCGGAGGCCCGCCUUUCAAAAAAGAAGAAACAGUUGUGUUCAUUCAAAUGAGGAUCUGGCGUGACCCUUCUCUAGAGAAAUCCAUCAAUCUCUUUCACUGUUUGAAUGAACUGGGAGAUCCAUCCCUCAUAGAGGAAGUUCAACAAUAUCUUCAAUCUGGUAAAAUAAGAGAAAUGAACCUCUCGCCUUCACAGUGGUCAGCAUUAGUUUUUGUGUUGCUGACUUCAGAGCAGAACAUGAAUGUGUUUAAACUGAAGGAAAUUGUUGGACCACAAAUUGAAGCAAAGGAAUUUUCUCAGAUGGAGCCGUCUACUGUAACCAGAUCAGAUCAAUUAAAACAGAUACAAUUUGUUGGGUCAGAUGAAUUCCUGCAGAAGCUUCUGCCUGUGGUUAAACAGCACAGAUCUGUUGACUUAAGUGACUGCAAUAUCACAGAUGAAGGUUGGGCUGCUCUUUCUUCAGCUCUGAGAUCAUACCCCUCACACCUGAGACAUCUGGAUCUGUCUCAUAAUAAUGUUGGAGAUUCAGGAGUGAAGCUGAUCUCUACUGUACUGGAGAAUCCUCUCUGUAAACUGGAGAAACUGGGGUUGAGUCGGUGUAAUGUCACAGAUGAAGGUUGUGUUGCUCUGACUUCAGCUCUGAGAUCAAACCCCUCACACCUGAGACAUCUGAAUCUGUCUGAUAAUAAAGUAGGAGAUUCAGGAGUGAAGCUGAUCUCUGCUGGACUGGAGAAUCCUCACUGUAAACUGGAGAAACUUGAACUGUGUAAGUGUAAUAUCACAGAUGAAGGUUGUGCCGCUCUGUCUUCAGCUCUGAGAUCAAACCCCUCACACCUGAGAGAACUCAAUCUAUACAAUAACAAUAAUGUAGGAGAUUUAGGACUGAAGCUGAUCUCUACUGUACUGGAGAAUCCUCAAUGUAAACUGGAGAAACUGGAGUUGUUUUAUUGCGAUAUCACAGAUGAAGGUUGUGUUGCUCUGUCUGCAGCUCUGAGAUCAAACCCCUCACACCUGAGACAUCUGGAUCUGUCUGGGAAUAAUGUAGUAGAUUCAGGAGUGAAGCUGAUCUCUACUGUACUGGAGAAUCCUCACUGUAAACUGGAGACACUGGUAUUGAAUUGGUGCAAUAUUACAGAUGACGGUUGUGUUGCUCUGACUUCAGCUCUGAGAUCAAACCCCUCACACCUGAGACAUCUGGAUCUAUAUGGAAAUAAUGUAGGAGAUUCAGGAGUGAAGCUGCUUUCUUAUCUAAAGCAGGAUCCAGGUUGUAAACUGAAUACACUGCACUUAAGUGAUUGUUAUAUCACAGAUGAAGGUUAUGUUGCUCUGACUUCAGCUCUGAGAUCAAACCCCUCACACCUGACAGAACUGAAGUUGUCUAGGGUGAAUCUAGGAGAUUCAGGAAUGAAGCUGCUCUUAGCCGUACUGGAGAAUCCUCUCUGUAAACUGGAGAAACUGUGGUUGAAUCAGAGUAAUAUCACAGAUGAAGGUUGUGCCGCUCUGUCUUCAGCUCUGAGAUCAAACCCCUCACACUUGAUAGAACUGGAACUGUCUCAGAAUUAUUUCAGAGAGUCAAGAGUAAACCUGAUCUCUCAUCUGAUGAGAAGACGCUUCCAUGGUAAUGAUACAGCUCAACAGAGUACUGGUCUGACUUCAACUCUGAGAUCAUACGCCUCUGAACAGAAAGAGAUUCAGAAUAAAUUAGGAGAUUCAGGAGUGAAGCUUAUCUCUACUGUACUGGAGAAUCCUCACUGUAAACUGGAGAAACUGAGGUUGAGUCGGUGUAAUAUCACAGAUAAAGGUUGUGUUGCUCUGACUUCAGCUCUGAGAUCAAACCCCUCACACCUGAGACAUCUGGAUCUGUCUGUUAAUAAAGUAGGAGAUUCAGGAGUGAAGCUGAUCUGUGAUGUACUGGAGAAUCCUCACUGUAAACUUGAUACACUGAAGUUGUGGAUGUGUAAUAUCACAGAUGAAAGUUGUGUUGAUCUGACUUCAGCUCUGAGAUCAAACCCCUCACACCUGAGACAUCUGGAUCUGUCUGAUAAUAAAGUAGGAGAUUCAGGAGUGAAGCUGAUCUCUACUGUACUGGAGAAUCCUCACUGUAAACUUGAUUCACUGAAGUUGAGGAGGUGUAAGAUCACCGAUGAAGGUUUUGUUGCUCUGACUUCAGCUCUGAGAUCAAACCCCUCACACCUGAGACAUCUGGAUCUGUCUGAUAAUAAAGUAGGAGAUUCAGGAGUGAAGCUGAUCUCUACUGUACUGGAGAAUCCUCUCUGUAAACUGGAGACACUGACGUUGAACUGGUAUAAGAUCACAAUCACAGAUGAAGGUUGUGUUGAUCUGACUUCAGAUAAGACUCUAGGAGAUUCAGGAGUGAAGCUGAUCUCUACUGUACUAGAGAAUCCUCACUGUAAACUGAAGACACUACAGUUGAGUCAGUGUAAUAUCACAGAUGAAGGUUGUGUUGCUCUGACUUCAGCUCUGAGAUCAAACCCCUCACACCUGAGACAACUGAAUCUGUCUGUGAAUAAUCUUGGAGAUUCAGGAGUGAAGCUGAUCUGUGAUGUACUGGAGAAUCCUCUCUGUAAACUGGAGACACUGAGGCUCUGGGUGUGUAAUAUCACAGAUGAAGGUUGUGCUGCUCUCUCUUCAGCUCUGAGAUCAAACCCCUCACACCUGAGACAUCUGGAUCUGUCUGAUAAUAAAGUAGGAGAUUCAGGAGUGAAGUUGAUCUGUGAUGUACUGAAGAAUCCUCUCUGUAAACUGGAGACACUGAAGUUGUGGAGGUGUAAGAUCACAGAUGAAGGUUGUGCUGCUCUGACUUCAGCUCUGAGAUCAAACCCCUCGCACCUGAGAGAUCUGAAUCUGUCUCUGAAUAAUGUAGGAGAUUCAGGAGUGAAGCUUAUCUGUGAUGUACUGAAGAAUCCUCUCUGUAAACUGGAGACACUGUGGUUGAGGAGCUGUUCUAUCACAGACGAAGGUUGUGUUGCUCUGACUUCAGCUCUGAGAUCAAACCCCUCACACCGGAGACAUCUGGAUCUGUCUCAUAAUAAUCUAGGAGAUUCAGGAGUGAAGCUGAUCUCUGAUCUAAAGGAUGAUCCGCAGUAUAAACUGGAGACACUAAAGAUUGAUCUACCAGAGACCUAUGACAGUCGUCCCAUGAGGGUAGGAGUGCAUUCCAAUCUGAUGGAAAGAAUGAGUUACAGAAAAACAUAAAAAGAAUGAUGAAAUUCAUAACAGCACAGAGAAAACACAAAAUAACAGACUUAACCCACAGAUCUUCUCAUGAGGUGCCAAUUCUGUCUUCUGAGUCACUGUGUUACACCUGAUCAUAUAUAUUAUUUGUCAUUUUAUGUCUAUCUCAUUUUGUAUAUCUAAUAAAGUUUCCAUUUAAACAA